AUGAUGAGAACUCAGCUGAAGUUCAAUUUGGAGAACAAAAGCGACCGAGUGAAGAUGGCGGUGUUCCAUCCAACGUCAACACUUUUGAUGUGCUCACUUCACAACGGAGAUAUUCAAAUCUGGGACUAUCGCACAAAAAUUAUGUUACACUCUUACCCAACAGCUCACACCGGAGCGAUUCGUGGUCUUUCAUUCCACCCAAGCCGUCCUUUGGUUGUUUCAGGUGGGGAUGACUGCCUCAUCAAAAUGUGGAACUACAGAAACACAAAGGCUGAAAAUGCUUGUGUUGGUGUGUUUAAGGGACAUACCGAUUACGUCAGAUCAACUUAUUUCCACCCAACGAAGCCUUGGAUUUUGAGUUGUAGUGACGAUAGAACCAUCCGAAUAUGGAAUUACUUGUCAUUGAAGUGUAUUGCGAUCAUGACGGGACAUGACCAUUUUGUCCUCUCAGCGCACUUCCAUCCGAAACCGGAGAUCCCAAUGGUAAUUUCGUCGUCGUACGAUGGAACUGUCCGAGUGUGGGACAUCAAAGAUUUGUAUGAAAAUGAACCGAGAGGAGACGGUGCUAUUGACUUGGCUGGGUGCGUUAAGUUUAACAUCUUACCCGAGCAGCUUGCCGUCAACUAUGCGAUCUUCCACCCGACUGUCCAACUCAUUUUCACGUGUGGAGACGACAAAACGAUAAAGAUGUGGAGGUAUAACGACACGUCAUGUUGGAAUGAAGGAGUCUUUAGAGGGCAUACACACAACGUUACUGCUUGUACUGUGAUGGGUGACUAUUUGAUCUCUGUGAGUGAAGACAAGUGUGUCAAUGUCUUUGAAAUCAAGAGCCAGAAACUGUUGAGGAGCUUCAGAACAGAAGGCCGGAUAUGGUGUGUUGAGAAACAUCCAUUGGAACAACUUUUUGCGAUAGGAAGUGACGUUGGACUGAAGGUGUUUAAACUCUUUGGGGAGCGACCGAUGUACUUUGUGAGUGGGAAGAAUGUGUAUUACCAAUGUGGCAAUUCUGUGAACAAAUAUGAUGUGCAGAGUAAAGAAAUUAAGAUGUUAUACACAGUGGAGGAUGGAAAACAUAUGGUAGCCAUUCCACAAGCGAAAGAUCUUGUGAUGGUCUCUGAUGGUGAGAACUACCAAAUCUUCUGUGGUAAACAGACGAAGACGAACAAAGGGAGUUCUGUGUGCUAUGUUGGUGGGAAAUACUUUCUUGCGCUUGAUGGGAAGACUGUGAAGAAAAUUGAUGUGAUGAAAGGGGAAGAGGUAGGGACGAUAGACGUUGGGGAGAGUGUCAAAUACAUUAGUGCUGGGAAUAAAGAGGGGGUUUUUCUCUGUUUUAGCCCAAAUGUGUGUCGCGUGAUGGAUGUGACUGGAAGUGAGUUAUUUAAAGUAGAGGCCGAAGGUAUACGACGAGGGUAUUGUAGUAAAGAGGCCGUUGUAAUAUAUGGAGGGAAGUCGAUUGUAGUGAUGAAAGAUGAUGGGAAGAAGUAUGCGAUGUGUGUGAAGACAACGGAAACGAGUCAAGUGAAGAGUGCUAUAGUGGUGUCGCGAGGGGUAGUGUUAUACUCCACGAACACGCACAUCAAAUAUUUAUUACCGAGUGGUGAGAUUGGGAUAGUACAAAACACUGGCAAUUCUGUGUUGUAUUUAAUGACAUCGAUGAACAAUGGGACUGGUGUGUUGUCGAUUGACAGACAAAGUGAAAUUAAAGUGUCUGAUAUUGACUUGUCUGAUGUGGAUUUCAAAGCUGCCGUGUUAAAUGGCGAUUUGGGAAGAAUUAAAAAGCACUUGGAGUCAACGGUGUUCAUUGGCGACGCCAUCAUCUCGUUCUUGUUGAAAUACAAAUACGCCGACUUGGCACUUCUCUUUGUCCGAGACACACACGCCAAAUUUAACAUAGGACUGCAAUGCGGCAAUUUCAGAGCAGCGCUGGAAGCCGCUAAGGAACUUGGGCUGCCGCAUUACUGGAGACAACUCGCGCAAAAGGCGAUUGAAAAUGGACAAAUGAAGAUUGGAGAAUUUGCACUUGUUCAACUUGGCGAUUUCAAUCGAGUCACAUACUUGUGUGGAUACACAGGAAACCAACAAUCAGCAGAGCGACUGAAGACAUUGGAUGCGACACACUCCCAAAAGGUGAUAUUAGGCCUUUUGGUUGGGGAUAAAAAGUUGCUUGUCAAAGAGAGUUUCUUAGCGAAUGGGAAGCUUGGAUACAUCGCCGCUCAACGGUAUGGAUUUAAAGAGUUGGCCGAGAAGAUAUCAAAGGAGGUCGAAAUCAGCGAGAAGCUGAAGAAAUUCUGUGGAAAAGAAAGAAAGGAAAUUCCAUUUUCGUUGAUUAAAGUAAAACUGGCGAGUCUAAAGGAGUGGCCAUGUAUUGGAAAGCAACACAGCAUUGAGGAAGAUAUCUCAAAUGCAAAGGAAAUUGUCGAGAACGACACAAAGGAGGAAUUCAAGGGCGUCAAAAUUGAGGAAAAAAUAGAAGAGGAGCAGGCACCAGUCAAGGGCAAAGCCGCGAAACCAGUUAACGUCCAACCCGUUUCAAACAACAACGCAAAAGCAAUAGAAGACAAUUCCGACGACGAGGACUGGAAUUUCGUUUAA